AUGGCUGACCCUCCACAUGAUCCCAACAUUAGUCAACAAGACCAACCUCCACAACAUGUCCAAACAAUCCCUACUCCUGCUACUCCUCCACCUCCACCUCCACCAAUACAACCACCGCCACCACAUACUAUAUUCCACCAAGCAGAUGAAAAACUAGAAUCUCCAAGAAAGGUUCAAAAAACCUCCACCUCUAGUGGCUCACCUAGCAGCCGGUCCACCGGUGGAAAACACCCUCUAUACCGCGGAAUAAGGAGCCGGAGUCGGAGUGGCAAAUGGGUGUCGGAGAUUCGUGAGCCAAAAAAGACUACACGCAUAUGGCUAGGGACUUACCCUACACCGGAGAUGGCCGCAGCAGCCUAUGAUGUGGCGGCUCUAGCCCUAAAAGGGAGUGAUCAUGCUGUAUUAAACUUCCCCGAUCGAGUUAGUACAUAUCCAGUUCCGGGUUCGCCUUCACCUGCUGAUAUUCGACAAGCAGCCGCAGCUGCAGCGGCCUUGAUGAAGCCGGUAAGCAGCGUGGACGUGGUUGUUGAACCACCGGGAGAUGGUGGCUCAGCUAAUGCACAAGUGGAGCAUGAAUUUAUAGAUGAAGAGGCACUUUUUGAUAUGCCUAAUUUGCUGGUGGACAUGGCAGAGGGAAUGCUUGUUAGCCCACCAAGAAUGACUUCGCCGCCGUCAGAUGACUCGCCAGAAAAUUCUGAUGCUGAAAGCCUGUGGAAUUACUAA